AACUGUCAAGUUGCCCUCCACCCGCUUUUGGGGCAUGUUGGCGCAGUGCAAAACACUUUUUCCAGUCAUUUCUUCUCCUAUCUCCAACAUACACCGAAAGCUCCACUACAAAGUACACAAAUUCCUUGGAUGUGAAAUAUCGAUUUGCAGCGCAAGAAAACUCCAUCAGCGCAAAAAGUAGAAAAAACUGAAUUUCAUCAAAGAAAAGCAGAAAAUCAAACCAGAAACAACUCCCAAGUGCAAAUCGAAAGUCCGAUAAGCCGUAUCGGUGUUUGCAAAACCAGAAAUACGCGUAAUUGAACGCUCUAGUGAAAAUCGCAGUGUGCACCGAGGAGGCCGAGUGAGUGAAAAAAAGCGAAAGUAGCAGGGAUGGCGUUCGCAGGAUUGAAAAAACAAAUUAACAAGGCGAACCAGUAUGUGACGGAGAAAAUGGGUGGGGCGGAAGGUACUAAGCUGGAUAUGGACUUCAUGGAAAUGGAGCGCAAGACGGAUGUUACCGUUGAACUGGUCGAAGAGCUGCAGUUGAAGACAAAGGAGUUCUUGCAGCCAAAUCCGACGGCGCGUGCAAAAAUGGCCGCCGUCAAGGGCAUCUCUAAACUGUCCGGCCAGGCUAAGUCCAAUACGUAUCCUCAACCUGAAGGUCUACUCGCCGAUUGUAUGCUGAUGUACGGCAAAAAGUUGGGUGAGGAGAAUAGUGUAUUCGCGCAGGCGCUCGUCGAAUUCGGCGAGGCGCUGAGACAAAUGGCUGAUGUAAAAUACUCGCUAGAUGACAAUAUAAAGCAAAACGUCUUAGAACCACUUCAUCAUCUACAAACUAAGGAACUGAAAGAGGUGAUGCAUCAUCGCAAAAAGUUGCAAGGACGACGCCUCGACUUUGACUGCAAGCGUCGCCGGCAAGCCAAAGACGAGGAGAUUCGAGGCGCCGAGGAGAAAUUUGCCGAAUCGCUACAUUUAGCGCAAAUGGGCAUGUUUAACUUGCUCGAAAACGACACAGAACACGUGUCACAAUUGGUAACGUUCGCUGAGGCGCUUUUCGAAUUCCACUCGCAGUGCGCAGAAAUUCUGCGUGGCUUGCAGGAGACACUUCAUGAAAAACGAGAAGAGGCCGAAGCCCGACCAAAAGCGGAAUUUGUGCCCAAGACGCUGUUGGAUCUGAAUCUGGAUGGCCCCGGCACUAACGACACGGACAGCGUGAGCACACCGGCACACAGGGCUUCAACGGCAUCACCGCUGCCCUCGCCCUUGCGCUCGCCAGCCAAGUCGCUGGUGGCGGGAGCCACUACACCACAGCGCCAGCAGCAACCUUGCUGCCAGGCACUGUACGAUUUUGAACCAGAGAAUCCAGGCGAAUUGGGUUUCAAAGAAAACGAUACAAUUACAUUGUUGAGUCGUGUGGACGACAAUUGGUAUGAAGGCUCCUUGAAUGGACGCACCGGCUACUUCCCACAGUCAUAUGUGCAAAUUGUGGUUCCACUGCCCAAUGGCAAUUAAGGGGAGCAUGCUAAGCUGCAUUGAUGAGAGAAAAGCACUUCAUCAAACCAUAAGCAACAAUAAUUAAUUAUUUAAUAUUAAAUUUAACGGUUAAUUAAAAUUAAAAAAGCUAUAAAAAAAACAAAAAAAAACUCCACUGAAACAUUUAAGACCAAACGUAAAAUUUGAGAUGUGUAUUUAUUAUAACUAUUAAAUUCAAUGGAGAUUAAGAUUUCAAAGAUCAAUUCAUAAAUACUUCAAUUACAUUCAAUUCCAAAUCGAGAAGCUUUUAACAUGAUGUUUGAAAUUAAUAUGAAAAAGAAAAUUUAUUGUGCUACUAUGAGUAUUUAUGUAACUCCUAUCUUAUUGCCUACCUAUCCGACAAUUAUCGCGAUAAAGUACUCACCCUAACAUUUUUGCCAUUCUCAAGUCAUCACAUACCCCCACACACCAUCUACGAAUACACGAACGAACUUAUUCCCUGUUACCAUUUCUUGCUCUUAACUUACCUUCAUUGUCUGAAGAACUUGUCCAUUUUAUUUUGUGGUAUAGCAAUGUGAAAGCAUACUGAAAACCGAUCAGUUAAAAACUGAUAACAAUAAACAGUUUUGCAGGGCAAGGUGUCUCAUAGCAAUGUGGCCCGUAGCAAUGAAUGAAAGACCUAAACGUAAAUAACCCACGAUAAGACGAAGAUAUAAGGAUAAUUACUACCUACAUGCAUAAUGCUAAAGAAGAUUUAGCAGUCUCAUGUUGGAAUAACAAAUAUUAAGAACUAAUAAACAAAAAUUUAACAUUGAUUUAAUAAUUAUAUACAUACAUGCAUACUUAUAUAUGUAGAUGAAAAGGCUAAGCAAAACGAAAAACAAUAAUGUAUUGAAAAUAUAUACAUAAAUAAAUAAAUACAUACAUACUUAUAUGCAACUUGAUGCAAUUACGAUGAAUUAAAACAAUAAUAAUUGUAAUGAAAAUUUACAAGUAUAAUGUAACAAUUACCUACCCCUAUACAUACGAGUAAAUACAUACAUACACAAAUACUAUAUACAAGUACUAAAGGUUAAUAUGGAAUAUGAAAAUUAAUUAUGUAUAAUGCUAACACACAAAAAAGAACCCGUAAAGAAGGAUUAAAAGGUUUACGAUAUGCUGAUAUUAAGAUAUAUAAUAUUAAUUACGUUAUGCAAGCAAGAAAAAAUGCUGAAAUUAUUGAUGCAAAGCGCGACAAAAAUGAAGGCUAAAAAUGCGAACAAAAACAAAACCAAAAAGAAAUUAAUAAAAUUUUAUUUUUAAUGUGUCUUUCGUUCCAUCGUAAGCAUUCUCUUUU